CAACCCCUCUAAACAGCUGUUCGAAAAAAAGUAAACAAAACAAAAUUUUUGCCGGUUUUCACAAACAAACAAGAAAUUUGCCACAAAAAAAGUAUUAAAUUAUAAAAAUCAUACAAUAAAUGGAAAAUUUAGAUAAUUCAUCAUUACCCACAAAUACUAAUGCAGAAGAUGAACAACCUUCCUGCAGUAAACAAGCCGCUGAAGCUAGAGAAAAGCAAGAAGAUCAGGAUUUGGCUAAUAUUGUUACCGCCGAGGAAUAUUUAAUGCGCAAGGAUGUUGUUUUACUGGAUUAUGAGAAACAAAUGUUCUUGGAUAUGGUACAUGCAGAUGCUCUGAUGGUGUGUGCCAAGGGCCUAAGUUAUGAGCGUGUGGUGUUGAAUAUAUUAAAAGUUUACAGCGAUGCUGGUAAUCUAAUAUUGGUUAUAAAUAAUUCCGAUUGGGAAGAAGAGUAUUAUAAGAAUAGGUUGGAAAAGAAAUAUUUGCAUGAAGUGGCCAAUACCGCAACAGAAAGAGAACGUGUCUACCUCGAAGGCGGCAUACAAUUCAUUACCACACGUAUUUUAGUAGUUGAUCUCUUAAAAAAUCGUAUACCAAUAGAACUUAUAACCGGUAUUAUUGUAUUGCGAGCUCAUACCAUUAUUGAAUCGUGUCAGGAAGCCUUCGCCUUACGUCUCUACCGACAACGCAAUAAAACUGGUUUCAUUAAAGCUUUCUCUAGUAGCGCCGAAGCCUUUACUAUUGGCUACGGACACAUUGAACGUGUUAUGCGCAAUUUAUUUGUUAAAGAACUAUUUAUAUGGCCUAGAUUUCAUGCUACCAUACAGGCUUCAUUAAAACCCUACGAAGCACAAACCAUAGAGUUACAUGUACCGUUAACGGAAAAAAUGAAAUUAAUACAAUCACAUAUAUUGGAUAUUAUGAACUAUUUGGUGCGUGAAAUAAAACGUAUUAAUCGUACAGUGGAUAUGGAAGAGAUAACAGUGGAAAAUUGUGUUACGAAAAAAUUUCAUAAGAUUUUGCAAGCGCAAUUGGAUUGUAUAUGGCAUCAGUUGAAUUCGCAAACAAAAUUGAUAGUAGCCGAUUUGAAGAUUUUAAGAAAUUUAAUGAUAUCCACUAUGUAUAAUGAUGCUGUGAGUGCUUAUGCUUUAAUGAAACGCUAUCGCACUACCGAAUAUGCUCUAAGCAAUUCAGGUUGGACUUUAUUGGAUUCAGCUGAACAGAUUUUUAAACUAUCCAAGGAAAGAGUAUACAAUGGACAAGGUGAAUUUGAACCUGAACCCUGUCCUAAAUGGAAGUAUUUAAGUGAAAUCCUUAAAGUGGAAAUACCCGGUGACAUGAAACGUACCAAGCCAGAUUGUUAUGAUCCACCUAAAGUUUUGAUAUUGUGCCAAGACACCAGGUCGUGUUAUCAACUCAAACAGUUUUUAACACAAAGUGGAGAACGUUUUCUACUCUAUACCGCUAUGCGUCAACAAAUUCCCAUAGGAAAAUUGGGUAAAACAUUUGAAAAAAUACAAACGGGCAAAGAAUUGGAAAUGACCUUAACGCAACAUCAAAUGAAAAGUUCACAAAAAUCCGGUAAAUCAGAUAAAUCAUCUGAAAUGGAUGAUCCAGAAAAUCCCCAGCAAAUCGAUGAACUAACUCAACUUUUAACUCAGGAUAUGGAUGAUGCAGAAGCUAAUUAUUUUCAAGAAAGUUAUAUGCUCACCAUGACCCAAACACAAUUUGAUGAUACGGAUUUAUCGCUGUUAAAUGACAGUGGUAAUGGAGCCGAUGCCACUGUGGAUAAUUCCAUAUUUGAACCUUUUCCCGAAAUGGAAAAUCUAGAUAUAACAGCUGCCAUAACAGCACGCAAACAACCUUUAAUAUGUUUACAAACUUUCAAGACCGAAAAGGAGGGGUCAAUGGCUUUGGAGAGAAUUUUAGAUGAGAUUACUCCUCAGUAUGUGAUAAUGUAUCAUUGUAAUGUGACUGCCAUCCGACAAUUGGAAAUCUAUGAAGCUCGCCAACGUCGUGCCGCUAAGGAUCGUAUGAAGGUGUUCUUUUUAAUACAUGCCCGCACGGUCGAGGAACAAUCGUAUCUAACGAGUUUGAGAAGAGAAAAGCAGGCUUUUGAGCUGAUUAUUGAUACUAAAAGUAAAAUGGUUAUACCCGAGUAUCAGGAUGGCAAAACCGAUGAGGCUUUUAUAUUAUUUAAAUCAUAUAAAGACCCAGAGGCUAUUGAAACUGCUAAUGCCCAAAGUCGUAAGGCUGGCGGUCAGGAAACUUGCAAACAAGCUGAAGCUGAAGUUAAUCCUCGGGUUAUUGUGGACAUGCGUGAAUUUCGUUCCGAUUUGCCCUGUCUUAUACAUAAAAGGGGUAUAGAAGUGGUUCCCGUAACGAUAUCGAUCGGUGAUUAUAUUUUAACUCCCGAAAUCUGUGUCGAACGUAAAUCCAUUUCCGAUUUAAUCGGUUCUCUUAACUCGGGCCGCCUAUACAAUCAAUGCAUACAAAUGCAACGUUAUUAUGCCAAACCCAUACUUCUCAUUGAAUUCGAUCAGAAUAAACCCUUUCAUUUGCAGGGUAAAUAUAUGCUCUCACAGAACACCAGCUCCACCAAUGCCGAUAUAGUACAAAAAUUACAACUUUUAACGUUACAUUUUCCAAAACUGCGGCUCAUUUGGUCGCCCAGUCCUUAUGCAACGGCUCAGUUAUUUGAAGAGCUGAAAUUAGGUAAACCUGAACCGGAUCCAAAACAGGCAGCUGCUUUGGGUGGUGAUGAUUCGGGGGCCUAUGAUGAAUUGAAAUUUAAUGCUAAUAUUUAUGAUUUCCUCUUACGUCUACCGGGUGUUAAUACGCGUAAUGUUCAUAAACUAAUGAGGCAUGGUGGUAAUUUAAAGGAGUUGUUAAAGAAAACUCAGGCUGAACUUUCCACUUUGCUGGACUCCCAAGAAAAUGGCAAAUUAUUGUGGGAUAUUUUACAUGUGGCUCACUUACCCGAAAAGGAUGAGAUAUCUGGUUCUGCUGCCAUGUUGGCUGCUGGCAAACAAUUUGGCACACAUUCACGUUUUCGUCGUGGAGCGGCAGCUGCUGCUACUUCCUCUCUAGCGGGCCGGGGAGGUGCUCUGCGUAAAUUUAGAAAUUAA